UCUGGGGAGUCCAAUACCCAACGCCCUGGUGCGUCAGCGUCGGCUCGUCCCGCCCUCAAUUCGCAAGCUCUACCCUUUGAGGUCGUCGGCCGCAAUCCUUCAUUUGGGGUCGAUCAUCCGCCCACUGCACGCCCACUGCACGCGGCCGCCAGGGGGCCAACUGUUUUCGGGACUGGAGACGACUCCAUGCUCGUUUCUGUUUUCUUCUUUGGGCCAUUAGGCGUAGAGGAUGCGAUGAAUCGAGCCUUGGGGGUCCUUCGGGUCCCGCUCGAUCAUGCUUGCUUUCUCAGAGCCUGUCAUCGAUCGGGACGCUACGGGUCCCUCACCACCACGAUACCCUCCAACCCCCAGGCCGUUUCUAGGUUCCUCUCCCACAUACUCCUCUACAAUGAUACUUCGCCUCAACCCUGGAGUCUUUCACGAUUGCCUGUAGGACCGGGUUCGUUGCAUCCCGUCACAGAAUUUAACAUGAAAUUCAGGCUUAGUGGAGAUCCUUCUCAGUUUGAGGUAAGAGGAUUCAAUCACAUUGCAUGCAUCCCAGAGGCACGUCGCGUUAAGGUGUUUCCUGUCACUUUUCAGAGUCCGCCCUGGAGGCCUGUGCCUAUUCUAGAGCAGUCGUCGAAGUCGAUGCUUACUCCAUCCACCCGCAUGACAUGCAUUACGUGGGAUCCUCCACGGGUCUGAGCCGAACCGAUGCGGCGUAGAGAGUUCUCGCCGCGCACUUGCAGGACGCGAUGAUCCUCCAAGGGGGGCAUUUACAACAUGUCGCAAAACC